AUGGAUGUCUUCUUCGAGACCUCCAAUGGGAAGCACUUCUCCAUCGAGAUCGGCUUCUUCGAUACCGUCCUCGAGAUCAAGGAGAAGAUCCACAAGUACGAGGGCUUUCCCGUCUCCACCCAGAAGCUCGUGUUCAACGGGCAAGAGCUGGAGGAUGACCGCAACACCGAGCACUACGAUAUCCUUCAGAACUCCCGCAUCCAUCUCGCCCUCUCAGACCAGGACUCCGCCCCGCCGCCCGCGAAGCUCGACGCCCACCCCCGCGUCAACGUCGUCGUGAACGUGACCGUGUCCAAGCGACAGUUGACGCUGGACGCCGACGCUACCGACACCGUGGGGCAGCUCAAGGCGAGGAUUCACGACCUCGAAGGCAUUCCCACCAGCAGGUUCAUGCUGUUCCACGGCGGUGCCGAGCUGCAGGACCACCAGACGCUGGCCGACUGCGGGGUCGCCGACGACCCCGAGGUGAGCCUCGUGGUGAGGCCCUUCCCGCCGUCGCCGCCCUCGUCGUCGGCGCCGCUCCAGGGCUCCAAGAAGCUGCGGCUGAUGGUGCUGCCCAAGUGCGGCACCAAGAAGGUGCCGGUGGACGUGAACGCGUCGGACAACGUGAGCGAGCUGAGGAAGGAGCUGCAGAGGUUGUACGGCGUCUUCAACUUCCAUCUGCCCACCGACGGCUACUUCUUCAUCUACAAGCAGAACGUGAUGGACGAGGACAAGUCCUUCAGGUGGCACGACGUGAAGCAGGGCGACACCAUCGAAAUCUUCAACGGGAGCGUCACGGGCGGAUCGUAAUCCAUGCGAUUCCAUCUCAAAGAAGCUUUGAACUGAUAAGAAAAGCACAUCUCACUUGAUGUCUUCAGUUCUCAAGAGUUCAUGUCGGAUCUAAACAUUCAGCUCCCUAGUGCUUUUGAUCCCUUUGCUGAAGCAAUUGUUGACGACUCAGGUGUUGGUUCAAAGGAGUAUGUGCGUGUUUGAGUGCAGCGAAUGGAAAUGUCUAACUACUUUGCAGGGUUUAUAGAAAGAGUUCAGCUACAACAAGAUCUUGAAGGACCUAAAGAAAGAGCUCUAUCGUAAUGGUUAUGUUGUCCAGGAUCCAGAGUUAGGCCAGGUUAUUCAGCUCCAAGCUGAUCAGCAGAAGAGUGUUUCUUCUUUCCUAGUAUAGUAUAUUGCAUCUUCAUUUCCGGACAAUGAUCAUGUUUUUUUCUCAGUUUGGUGAUAUUUUUUUCUCUUUCUGUUUCUCUUGUUUAAUCCUUUUCUUCUCUCUUUUCUCUUUUUCUCAUGUUAAGCCCAAAGACUGUAUGCCAUUGGGCAAGCUCCUUGUUGCUCGAUGGACAUUAGUUGCAAACGACAAUCAUGCCCACGGCCACCAUGGUUUUCUUAACUGGCUGGUUCGGUAUGAUUUGAUUGGUAUUUGCUCGUCCAAUUGUCAACCUGUACAUGGACCAUCCCAAAUCAAGCAGUCCAAUCUGGUUGAAAUAUAUAUAAUAUUUUUUUUGGAUGUUUUAUUCUGAAAACAUCCAAAAUUGAGCAGCCUCCUCCUUCCUCCACUGACCCUGAUCUCCUUCUCUACCUUCGCUGCACAUGUCUCUUCCUCUCCUCCAAUGUCUUCUCUACCUUGGUGAAGCAGAUGGAUGAUGAAGGAAGAAUGGAGGAGGCCAUAGGUGGGUCCCGAUGGUGAUGGUGGCAAAGAAGAGGGAGAAGGUUCGACUGAACUGUUGUGAGGAGUCGGGAAGCUGAGGAGUCACAAGGAGGAGGACCAGCUAAAAAACCGAGGAGCUGUUUGCAUGAUCGUGGCCUGCCACUGCCCAUGUGUCUUUCACCUGCUCCAGUAUGCCUUUGCAUCCUCCACUGCCUUCUUUUCCUCCUGUUUUUCCUUCUUUCUUCUUCCCCUUCUUCCUCUUCCUUUUUAUUCCUCAUUCCUGUUCCUUCUUCCUCUUCCUCCUGCCUGUUGCUCAUUUUCUUGACCUUCACUCUAUUAAUCAUACAGAGAAAUUCAACUUGAAGCAAGGACUGCUAAAAUUUUGAGGUAUUUUUUAAUCAUGGUGGAUGUUGCUCACAUGAGAAUGAUGUGGACUUCAAGGAGAGGUUUGAAUCCCCAGAAAUGGUGGAGGCAGAAAUAUAUCAGACAAAUUUAAUAGACAAGAGAUAUCCUCCACAGAUAUGGUUCAGAUGCAACUGGAUAUUAAACAGAGCACCUUUCUUGCACAUAAACAUUCCUACACCAGCUAUAGAUAGAUACAAAGCUACAGCUAUUUGUACAAUUUAAAUGAGGAAAAUUAUAAUGAUCUUCAACAGAUACCAUAAGAAAAAUCUCCUUAAUCUAAGAUUAGUCCUAUGCAUGGACAAGAAUAGAUAAAAAUUCUCCAUCUAAUAUGAUAAAAGGUCUAGCAUUUCGUGUUCUUGAAAUAAUGUCAUCAAUCUCCAAUGCAUUUCUCAUUUUUUGUAUAUAGCCAUUAGAUAUUUAAAAUUUGCUGCACCAGUAUAACCCAUUUACAGGGACAAAUUGAAGCAAAUCAAGGUAACCUGCUUUGCAUCUUGUAUUACUCAACCUGAAAUAGUUAGAAAUAUCAUUUUUGCUAAUAAGACAAUUCUUCCUUGGGUGAGAUCCUUUUCUUGAAUAUUAGAUCAGAUAGAUCUUGAUGAAGGAAAAUAUCAUUUUAAUCAGCUCAAAAGAAAAUCAUUUUUUGUUUGUUUGUAUGCUUUUGGUGUGGGGCAGUAUAGGAGCAGACCGCCUUAUUUUUCAGUGGGAUUUUUUGUUGCAGGUUACCCAAAGCAGGAUGACAUCUCCAUCAUUUAGAUAUUCCAACAAAGAUUAAUUCAAUGGCAAGUUAAAGGCUUCCUCCUUUUGGAAGGACCACCCACCUGCCAUAACUAUAUAUGCAUUGGGACAUCAAGAGCUCUCCUUUUGACCCCCUACUCCAACUGUAAACUAUCAUCAUUGUUGCUGGCCUCCUCCCCUUCCUCUCUCUCUCUCUAAAAGCCAAAACCAAUUCUUUUUUGUUCCUUCAUUUUUCUUGGGUACUUUGAAGUUUGAAACCCCAUCAUCUUUGGAAACUUUAGAGAGAAAGAUGGAUGGGAAUAUAGCUUUUGGCUUGGAGCCAUAAAUUAAAGAUUCUUAUUGUCAAGUGCAUGUUCUGUAAAGCCUCAGUGCAAUGGCAAUUAAGAUGAAGGGGCUUCUCAAGGGAAUCAAAUACAUCUCUCAUAUAUUUGUGCACAAGGAGCAGGAGAUGGAAAUAGGGUAUCCAACAGAUGUAAAGCAUGUUGCACAUGUUGGCUUCGACAACCUGUAUGGGAGUUCUCCCUCUUGGAUGAAUGAUUACAAGACAUCACCUGAUUUCUCAUCAGGUUCCCUUAGCAACUUCGGAUCGAGAGAACCCUCGUGGGCUUCACAAGAUUUUGAUCAGCAAAGAGAGCUACAACCACCACCUGAGAUUUUCACAGACCAUCCUUGCCCAGACUUACCAAAAGCCCCUAAGAAGAGAAAACCAAAGAAGGCUAAGGCCAAAUCCCCAUCACCAGCGAGAUCGUCGAGAUCAUCAGCAUCGAGAGAUUCAUACUCCACUGCGUUUGAAGAUUUCGGUGAGACGCGAAGGGAAUUCCGAUUGGUCUAGGGUUAUCUUUUACAUGUAAAGGAUUGGAUAUUCUCAUCUGCCUUUCUUUCAAAAAAAUAUUUGUUCAAUCUUUUCGAGUUUUAAAGUUGUUCAGUAGACCAGAUUG